UUUCACCAAACCAUCUGAAGUGACAGUAAAAGCAAUAUGGCAGCGCACGUGGUUCAAAUACUAACGUGAAGGUCUUUUUUUCGGGUGUACGUGAACACAAAUUAUCUCACUAGCAGGCAAAGGGGACGGACAGACGUGUGGCAGGCCAGACACAUAGACAAUGUCUAAGAUAUCUAAAGCAGCCAAGGCGGUGAAAAAGUUGGACACUGGAGGUGUGAUCAGAGCAAUUGUAAGGUCUGGACAAGCGGCUCCUGGGCCUCCACUGGGCCCCAUCCUGGGACAGAAAGGAAUUCCCAUUGGGGCCUUCUGCAAAGAUUUCAAUGAGAAAACCAAAGAGCUCAAGGAAGGCAUUCCUCUUCCCAUCAAGAUCAAUGUGAAGUCGGACAGGACGUAUGACCUGAAAAUUGGGCAGCCCACUGUGUCUUACUUUUUGAAACAGGCCGCCGGCAUUGAAAAAGGAGCCGGAAAGACUGGGCAUGAGAUCGCAGGUAUGGUGACGGUGAGGGCCGUAUAUGAGAUUGCACUGGUCAAAUCACAGGAUGACAGCAUUAAGCUGCGAGACACCUCUAUGCUGAACGUUGUCAAGUGCAUCAUCGGUUCAGCCAGAUCCCUCGGUAUCAAAGUCGUCAAUGACCUGUCACCAGAAGAGUACGGGGAGUUUCUCCGAGAGCGUGAGGAGAGACUGAAGGCAGAAGCCGAGGCAGCAGCCGCUGAGGCAGCAGCAGUAGUAAAGAAGAAAUGAAGAGCUGCUGUGUGCUAGAGUUAUUUAUCAAUGCAAAAGCCCCAUUCAUGUGGAUUAGUCCUACUAUUCCGGACGUGUAUUUCUAAUAAAAUGCUGCUCAUUUGCACCCAAAUGUAUUAAGGUGUAUUUUUUCCUCUGUUUCUCUCAUUGUUGAUACUAUCCUGCCUCCUGACUUUCUUCUACCUCCCCCACUUUCUCUUUUCUUUUCUCUGCCUCCUACAACCUUUUUUAGGCCUCUGAGCCACUUUCACGUACUCUUUCUCUCACAUCCAUUGGCUUACCCAUCUCUCCUAACUAACUCUGGGUAAUAAUCCGGGGGGUUUUAUAGCUGCCAUGUCUUUGACAUCUGUGCUGAAAUGGAUUGCCCUUUGGCAACACAUUGACACACCCUAGUUGAUAUGCAUUGACAAAUAAGGAAAUUUUUAACCCUCAUUUAAAUGGAUUGGAUGCACCCAAACAGUUCCUAAUGGUUUUCUUGUAUUAAAAAAAAUUUAUAUGGGUUGAACACUGUGAACUAUAUUAUCGACCAGUGAUAUAUUAAAAGUU